AUGUCUGAAACUCCACAACCUUUAUCACCAACAAAUGAAACACCUACUGCUAAUGGAUCUCCUGCUCCUGGGGGAGGAUCAUCCUCAACUUCCAAAAACAAGAAACAAAACUCUCAAACUGGGAAAAAAGUUAGUGCUGAAAUUUUAGAAAGAAGAAGAGUUGGUAGAUUAAAAGCUGCUGAAACAAUGGCAAAAAAAAUUAAAAAAUCUGGUAUUGAAAAAAGAGAAAAUCCAUUAAAAUUUUCAACUUUUGAAAGUGGGAAUUUAAUUAAUCAAAAAAAUUAUUUUACUGAUUAUUUAAAAAAAGAUGAUCAAAUAUUUAUAUUAAGAGAUAGGAAACAAAUUAGAUUAAAUAAAGUUCAAUCAAAAACUAAUAAUACAAAUACUUCAUUGAAAAAUGAAAAUACUCCUUCAGUUUCUACACCAUUAAAUGAAGAUGAAGAUGAUUUAGAUGAUGAAGAAGUUGAAGCUGAAGCGGAAGCUGAAGUUGAAGAAAUUGAAGAAGAUAAAUUAGGUUCUAAAACUAUUGUUUUACAUCCAGGCUCUAAAAAUAUAAGGAUUGGAUUAGGGACAGAUGUUUACCCUAAAACUUUCCCAUUUGUAUUGGCAUUACCUAAAAAAUCAACACCACCUAUUAAAACUCCCGAAUUUAAUAAUGAUGAUGAUGAUGAAAUUUUAAAAGAAAAUUUUAAAAAUUUAAAUAAAGAUUUUAAAGAAAGAAUGAGAUAUUAUAAAAGAAGAAUUUUACCAAAUUCAAAUGAAGUUGUUACAAAUUUUAAUAAAAAAAUUAAACCUGAAAUUAUACCUGAACAUAAUGAUAUUCAUAAACAAGAAUAUAUAAAACCAAUUAAUAAUGAUGAUAAAUCUUUUUAUAUUGGGAAUGAUGCUUUAAGAAUUGAUUCUGAUGAUUAUAGAUUAAGAUAUCCAUUAAUUAAUAAUGGGAAAUUUAAUGAAUCAGAUUAUAAUUCAUUUGAAGAAAUUUUAGGUGAAAUUCAAUUAUUUAUUAAAACUAUAUUAGAAAAAGAAUUUCAAAUUUCUAAAAUUAAUCAAUAUAAAGUUGUUUUAGUUAUACCUGAUCUUUAUGAUAAAAAUUAUGUUGAAAAUUUUAUUGAUUCUUUAUUAAAAAUGUCAUUUCAAAGUGUUGCAAUAAUUCAAGAAUCUUUAGCUGCAACUUAUGGUGCAGGUGUAAGUUCUUCCACAGUGGUUGAUAUUGGUGCUAAGUCAACAAAAAUUUCAUGUGUUGAUGAAGGUAUGAUUAUUCCAAAUAGUAGAGUUAAUUUAAAUUAUGGUGGGGAUGAUAUAACAAGAUUAUUUUAUAAAUUAUUAAAAAAUUCAGAAUUCCCAAUAAAUUAUGAUUUAAAUAAUGAAUUUGAUUGGGCUGAAUUAAAUCAAUUAAAAGAAAAAUUUAUUACAUUUCAAGAUGCAAAUAUUACAGUACAAUUAUAUAAUUUUACCAAAAGAUAUGCAAAUCAAUUAUCUGAAAAAUAUGAAUUUAAAGUAUUUGAUGAAGUUAUAUUAGCACCAAUGGGAUUAUUUUUCCCAAAAGUUUUCAAUAAACCAAUUGGAUUCCAUUCUGAAUCAAGUAUUAAAAGAGAAUCAUUAGAUGUUUAUAAUGGUAAUUCAAAUAAUCCAACUUCAACAACUCAAAAAAAUGCAUUUGAUAAUAAUUUAUUUGCAAAUAAAAUUGAUUUUGAAAUUUUAAAAGAUUUAAUUAAUCCUGAUACUUUAGAUGAUACAAAGGAAGAUGAUUUCCCAACAAUUGCUUCAUUAGAUAAAAUUAUUAUUCAAAGUAUUGCAAAUGCUUCAAGAUAUGAUUUUACAAAAUCUAAAAAUUUUUAUGAAAAUAUUUUAAUUGUUGGUGGUGGUUCAAAAAUUGAAUCUUUAGAUUUCAUAUUAACAGAUCGUAUAAAUAUUUGGAGACCAAAAAUUUUAGCAUUAUUAAAUUUACCAGAUUUUUUGAAAAAAAUUGAAUUAUUAAGUUCAAAUUUUGAAAAAGAACAUGAAUUAUCAAAAUUACAAUCUGAGGAGGAAGUUCAAGUUUUACAAGAUCAAUUAUUAGAAAUUAUUGAAAAAGAAUUAAAUGAGUUCUUAAGUACUGUUAAUAAUCAAGUAAUUCCAAUUGAAGUCUUACCUGCACCAAGAGAAAUUGAUCCAUCAAUUUUAACUUGGAAAGGUGCUUCAGUUUUUUCAAGAUUAAAAUUAAUUGAAGAACUAUGGAUAACUCAUCAUGAUUGGGAUCUAUUAGGUAGCAGAACUUUACAAUAUAAAGUUUUAUUCAAUUAUUAA